AUGGCGUGGAAUGAUGUUGUUAGGUCAAACGGUAAGAAUAAUGACGAGACAAGUAAUCCCAAGAGCAAAACAGAUAAAGCAAAAUCGGCGAACGGUAAGGUUAGUUCAAGUUCAAUUAAUGUUGAUAACCAAGUUCAAGCUGAACAGAAACCGUGGAAUGUAAUUCUUGGUGAUUCUAUGAUAAAAAAUAUAGAAGGAUGGAAACUGUCUAAAGAGAAAAAAGUGACAUCUAGAUCAUUUCCAGGUUCAACUAUCGACGAUAUGUCAGACUUUAGUAAGCCUUUUCUUAGACAAAAGCCUGAAAAUCUUAUUUUACAUAUAGGUACUAAUGAUAUGAGUGGUGAAUCAAGUGAUAAUGUUGCUACCAAAAUUGUUCGCUUGUCCAAAAAUAAGCAAUCUCCAACUACUAAAUUAGCAAUAUCAGGGAUCAUAUUUCGAACUGACAAUGAGAACUUAAAUGCUAAUAUAAAGCAGAUUAACGAAUUACUCAAGUCAGCCUGCAGAAAUAAUGGAUGGAAAUGCACUAGUAUCAAAUCAUAA